GGAAGCGUUCUUGCGCGUUUCAGUCUGCAACGAUCUUUUCUAUCUAUGGAUGGAUGGCGAGCACCUCCCGGGGAACAGGCUGCUGAAGGAGAGGAUAGCAAUGGCGGCAACUGCGGUGGGACGUUCAUCCAUCCCACAGUGGUGUUGAGAGGGGAUGCGAGCGAGGAGAGCAUCGCCGCCGUGAGAAGGCAACUGUUCCUUCGUGCCGCUGCAGCGAACAGCGCCGUGUCCGCCAGCUCUGAGGACGUGCGUCGAUGGGGUUGGACCUCUCUCCCGUCCAAUCCGUCAAUGGCGAUUGUUGAUGUCGAGGGUGUCAAUCAGGUUGUGUCACCACCUUUCGUCGGUGGUGGACAUAGUGCUCUACAGCACAUGUCUCAGGUUAACAUGUCGCAGACGGGUGGACCAACGGUGGAGAAGCCUGCUAGACAGGGUAUCGAUUCUACAGUAGUGCAAAGAAAGAAGCGGGGUGGGAAGUGGGGGGAGGAGGAGACUAUCUUCCUGUUGAAGUUUCGAUCCGAACAGGUCGCAGCUAAAGGAAAGAAUUCGGAGAAGAGGGGGGUGGCGAAGUCUAACAAGAAGGUGUGGGAGGAGAUCUUUGCGUUACUGGAGAAGGAAGGGUAUAAUCGAAAACCGACUGACUGCAAGAGGAGGUGGAACGUUGUGAAGAGGUGGUUUAAUAAAGUUAAUGAUAAUGAUGACAGGAGCGGCUACAAAAGCUAUUGGAAAAUGACCCUCUCUGAAAGGGUGGAGGCCAAUCUCGAUGUCAACAUGAGAAGGACGUGGUAUGAUGUGCUUGUACCGUACAACAAGCACAAUCAGACUGCUAACCCAACGCAUCUGGUGGAUACGGGGGCCGAGGAGGAAGUGAAACCUGUACUGGGUGCUGAAGGUCCUCGUCGGGGAGACGAUGAUAAGGUGCCUCCCUCAGUACCUCGUCGUGCUCCUGUACAGAGUGGUGGUGGUGAAGGCGGCGUCGGAGAAGGGACAACGCUGGGUUCUGACGGUCGAGGACCAGGGUCAGUUGCUGGAUCUUCAACAGUGACGGGUCUGGCAGGGGCAACCCCUACGAGCAAACCGCGGAAGAACACGAGCGUCAGGGACCAGGCCUUGACCGGAGUCACAACGGCGAUGAAGGAACACACGGAUGCCAUUCGCAUAUCGUCUUCAGAACAGAGCGCAUCAAACAAGGAUUGCACCGAGCUUCAUUGCGAUACGCUCGGCAGACUAUGUGACCGUGAGAUGCAGUCACAGAGGGAGUUAACCGAGAUGACGUGCGCUGUCAUGCGUGCAGACAUCGCGUCACGGCUGUCAUGCAUGCAGACAUCGCAUCACGGGAGAAUGGAUAUGCUUUACUGGCCGGUGCGCUUCGUGGGUUAUCGAAGAGCGUUUCACGUCGCAAACGUGGGAGGCCAUAGUGACACCUUAGAUGGACGGAUCUCGUAAGCCCUCAUGCACCACAGAGAGAGAGAGAGAGAGAGAGAGAGAGAGAGAGAGAGAGAGAGAGAGAGAGAGAGAGAGAGAGAGAGAGAGAUGUUAUAUUCACGAUUUCAAUAAAUAUCCUUCUCUCCUCCUCGCUUCGCAUUCUGUUGUGUCUGUUUAACUCUGGUACCAACUUUCAAGAGCAGCGGAGUUAGUUUUUUGUUCUGUCUUCUGUUACUGUCGUUGUCAUGGAUAUUUCAUGGUCAUGCUUAUCUGAGUCAUCUCAUGAAUUUUCAUUAUAUGGAAUUUUUUUCAGCGGGUGUUACUUCGUGGGGGUGUGAAGGACUCGUAAAUGUUGCCUUCUAUUGCGAAACGUAGAACAAAAGCAUUGACAUCUG